AUGGGGUGCCUCAGCCACCGUAAGAAGGUCACUGAGCAACGUGCCGAGCAGAAAUGGGACUACAUUAACCUCAACGACUUCAAGUCGCGGGGUUGCCUUACCCCGUUCGCCUACUUCUACCUCUGGCUCAUGUUGAUCAUCUCGUUGGCUGUCUACGGCGUCGACAUGUUUACCGCCGUUAACCUGCUGGCCUUUGACCGCUGGUCUUCCGAGAUCGAUCCCGCCAUCGACUUCAAAGUCUCGAAAUGGAUCUUCUCCAUCUCCAUCAUUGCAUCCUUCGUCAACAUUGCAUUUGAACAAUUCAGGGCUAUGAGAGUCAUGAAGCGGGGAAACGUGGCAGAAUGCUAUCUUGACAACAUUGCUGUCCGUCUCGAAAGUGUCCGGAUGGGAAAGGGCCAGGGGUGGAAGCGUUUCUUGGUCUUCGCCGAGCUCACCAAGAGCAAGAAGGGAGCCGAGUAUAUUGCUUUGUUCACCUACUUCAGCUUGCAAUCUUGGAUCCGUGUUCUCGUCUGUUCCGGUCCCCGUCAAGUUGUCAAUGCCUUGACGCUCAAGUCGGUCUACGAUGCCAAGCUUGCUGUUCAUGAAACAUCCGUCGAGGGCUCCCUGCUGGGCUUCUUUGACAAGAUCAAGACACUCGCCAUGGAGGACUACCAGCAGGCUCUCAUUCUGUCUGGUAUGCUCUUCACCCUCCUCAUUUGGGUCUUCUCCGCCCUGUACCUCAUCAUGGGUGUCCUGUUCUACGUCUUCUUCCUGUUCCACUGGAUCCCCAAGGCCGAUGGCGGCCUCUCCGGCUACUGUGAACGCAAGGUCACCAAGGCUCUCAUGAAGAUUGUGACUGCCAAGGUCAACAAGGCUCUAAAGAGACAGGAAGAAGCCAAGCGAAAGCUGGAACUCAAGGCGGCAAAGAAGAACGGCGAGAAAAUGCCUCUCGAGCGACAGGCCACUCUGCCUACGCUCCCCAAUGUUGGCGACCCGGACAAGCUUGCCGAGAUGCCAAUGUUUGGCCGCAGCGACACCUUCACGACGCUCCCCGCCUACGAAUCUCGACCUGGUACUCCCGGCAGCAUCGAGCUCAACUCCAUGGACCAGAAGCGUCCUGUGCCUUCAAGGAUGGGUACCACGACUUCAACUGCCAGUUAUUCUUCCCAUGCGCCCCUGGUCGGCGGGGCCGCGGACUUUGGCUACCAACGAUCUGCCUCGCCCGUUCCGUCGCUCCCCCCGAUGGACCUGAACAACUACCCGCCCGUUCGACCUGGUACCUCCAACUCUCAACGCAGCUUCCGACCCCAACUGUCGCAUAUGCAGACCAACUCACAAAGCUCCUUGCGAGGCGGCUACUCGGAGAGCCCCGCCACCUACUCCCCAGACACCAUGCCCCCUUUCCCUCCUCCUGUCAGAUCUCCCACUGCCCGGACGAUGGACGGCUAUGGUCUGCAAAGGCAGAACACGUACCAGAGUGACCGCUCCGCCCCGGCACCUAGGAGCACCUAUGACGACUACUCGAGCCAUUCCAACGGACGAGCCAGUCCAGCGCCUUCGACAUACUCGACUCGUUCGGGCGCCCCAUGCCGCGUGGUCCUGGCCCGCUCAACAACACACCCUUCCAAGCCUACCAGCCGUACACCCCGACGCGAAGCGCGACUGGCCCACUUCCCCCUCGAGGCCCACCGAAUGCUCCUGUGCGGAACAUGA